ACUUAUUCAAGUAUGAAACUAAGCCUGAAAUUUGCAAUGAAAUCGUAUAAAUUGGUAAUUAGCACUCUUAAAUCGAAAACGGAAUCGUCCGUUUGUUUUGUUAAACAGGUCCAUCAUACCACAGAAUUGAGGUUUUUAACGUAGCUCAGAGGGCAAGAGCACAGACGCAAAACUAUGGGUUUCAGUCUAGCAACGCAACUUUAUUUUUUUGGUCUUCGACGAUUGGGCUUUUUAUCUCAUAUUAUAAAUUCUAAUUAUUAGUAUCUUUUUUACGAGCACGCGGUACUAUUAAGCAGAGAAAAUUUUUAAAACUUUUCUUGCAGCUCCACUUUUUUUUUGGCUUAGCGAGAAUUCGGGGGCAGCAAUCAAUAUCUCGACUUAAAGACUAAACAAAGAAUUUGUCGCUUUGAGUCUUACAAUAUUAUGUCACUACAAGAAGGAUCUAUUUUAAACAAGUAUCAUAUGAACUUUCUAUGCUAUACACCAAAUUAUUAUAGACUUUGCUCGUACGGAGAGAGAUUUUAAGACACCAAAAAGAGAGGGGUUCUCGCUAAGGGAGAUCUCAAUAAUUUUUAAUGCUACUUAUGAUUUAGGUUAUCGUCUAAGGAUUUUGAGGAUCUAGACGAUGAGUUGUUCUUAGGUUACGCGGAAUAUGAUCCUGAAAAGGAAAAAAUCCGAGCUUCAUCUCCCUAUAAAGAAUUCUAGGAGACUAACUCAAAGGAGUGUUAUAGAAGUCAAGCUCUUAUCUGAAAAAGGACUCACCCUUCUGGUCGACUCCUUACAAGAAUUGAAGUUCCACGGCCCCGGACACGAGGUGUAUGACUUACGAUCUUUGAUACUGGCCUACGAGCACUGGGCUCAUAAUCUUCUGCCCGACUUGGAAUUUAAGUUAUUUGCAAAGCGCGCACAAAAGCUUGGGGGAAAUGCUAGAAUCAAAACAAAACUAGCGGAUAUAAGACAUAACUUUCAACGAAACGGCAGCUUUGAGAAAGAGUGAGUGGGGAUUAGUCUUAAUAAUAGCAAAGCAACACGAAUCGCGUUUGAAAAUCCACCGGUUCAGAUUUCAUUGGAAAAAAAUAAAGUUUAACUGUUGUAUCGGAAAUCUCAGAGGAAUAAAAAAGCUAUUUAUUAA